UGUCUGUUCAUUAUGCAAGAAAAAAACUCAUAAAAAAUGUUUAACUGAUUCUAAAUGUCCAACAUGUGAAACAAUCCAAUCAUAUCAUUUAAAAGUCUCAUUGAAAAAGUGUCAUAUAAGAAGAAAAACAAUGCUUAAUGACACUAGAAUUCAAGAUAAAGAUGUUAACAAUAAUAAAGAAAUUUUUAAAAACAAACAAGAACAAGAGAAAGAAGAAAAAGAAGAAGAAGAAGAGGUUGAGAUAGAAGAGGAAAAGCUAGAGCUUGAGGAUAGAAAUGAUAAUUAUGAUGAUGAUGAUGAUUGUCCAAUUGUCACUCGUUUCAAAAUUGAUAUUCAAGAAAUUGAUAUAAGUUCAUUAUAAAAUUGUUUUUUUUAAUAAAUAUUUCUUUUUUUGAAAA